UGUUAAUCCUAAGUUUCCUGAUAUAAAGACAUAACACAUGUUGUAACUAAUUAACCACUCAAAAAACAUCUGUAACAUUGUCCUUUUCAUUAAGUAGCAUACAAAAAGUUAUUAAGCUCAAAACAAGCAGUCAAAAGUUGUACGAAAUACUUGGUUAGAGACAGUAUGGAUGGAGGAAAUAGGCAAUGGAUUGACCCAAACGCUCAGAGGGGUUCUCACUCUGAUGACGAGAUGGUGUUGGCGUCGAGUUGCCCGAAGAAGAAGGCAGGGAGGAAGAAGUUUAAGGAGACGAGGCACCCUGUAUACAGGGGUGUGAGGCAGAGGAAUGGAAAUAGGUGGGUUUGUGAGGUGCGACCCCCUAAUAACAAGUCUCGGAUAUGGCUUGGCACGUAUCCUACUGCUGAGAUGGCUGCACGGGCGCAUGAUGUAGCUGCAUUGGCGCUUAGAGGUAGGACUGCAUGCCUCAACUUUGCGGACUCAGCGUGGAGACUGCGUGUUCCUGCAUCGACAGACACUAGAGAUAUUCAGAAGGCAGCAGCUGAAGCAGCACAAGCAUUCGCAGGGGAGGGUUCAGAAAUAAAUGUGGGGGAGAGUAGCAACAUAAACGAUAAUGUUAUAGAAGCUUAUGCAGGUGACAAUGAGGUAAGGAAUAAUAACUGCGAGGUUUUGCAGGGAAAUGCUGAAUACAUGGAUGACGAGGCACUAUAUGACAUGCCAGGAUUAUUGGUAAACAUGGCUGAAGGACUCUUACUCCCUCCACCUCAUAAUCCAUAUGAAGAAUUUAGCUGGAAUGACACAGAGAGCGACGAUUAUGAAGUGUCGCUGUGGAGUUAUUCCAUUUAGAUAGUGCAGAGAGAGCAUGGGAUUUCCAUGAAGGUAACAGCUAGGAGUGCACAGGCCUUAUUUUUCUACUACUCAUGCCAAAAUAUUUGAACGGCAUGAAUUUUCAAACAAGAUUAUCGUAUAAAAUAUUCUUUUGCUAGAAGUAGAAUGAACUUUUAUGGGGAAGGUGGGGGGUGGGUGGGCACAAUCACUAACAGAACAUUCAGAGUGACUGGGAAACAUACAAGAGAUGUCUGAUGGGAUAGGGAAAUAGAUAGUCAAGAGUGUGUUUUGUUUUGCAAUGGUGGAAUUUGCAUAUGAUGUAUUGCUAUAACCUGCAUGUAACGAUGUAACUAGCUCAAGCAAAUUAAAGCAGCUUGAAGCAACAAGUUAGAGAUUUAAGUAUUGCCGUUUUGAUUAUGAUCUGUAGUUCCACUGAGUCCCUGAAGCAUAAACAAAAUCUGAAGUUU